AUGGCUUUCAAAUUUUUCUUCGCAUUCGCACUCGUAGCUGUCGCCAGCGCUGGUUUCGCACCCGUCGCUCAAGUCUAUCAAGCAGCACCAGUCGCUGUACAUGCCGCCCCACUAGCCGUUGCUCAAAAGGUCAUCGUUAAGUCCGAAGAAUAUGAUCCACAUCCACAAUACAGAUUCUCAUAUGGUGUUGAUGAUAAAUUGACUGGUGAUUCCAAGAGCCAAGUUGAAGAACGUGAUGGUGAUGUAGUACGUGGCGAAUACUCCCUUAUCGAUGCUGAUGGUUAUAAACGUACUGUACAAUAUACCGCUGAUCCACAUAAUGGUUUCAAUGCUGUCGUACACCGUGAACCACUCGUAAAAGCUGUUGCUGUCGCUCCAGUUGCUCACUACUCUGCUCCAACUGUUGUGAAGACAGUUGCUCCAGUUGCUCACUACUCCGCUCCAGUAGCACAAUACGCAGCUCCAGUUGCUCACUACUCCGCUCCAGCUGUUGUUAAAACUGUUGCUCCAGUUGCUCAAUAUGCCGCCCCCGUUGCCCAUUAUACUGCUCCAGUUGCUCACUAUGCUGCUCCAGCUACUAUUAAUAAUUGUGGAGGUUGUGACCGGUCAAAUUGCAAGGGUCGCAAGGGUACAACAUUUUUUGUAAAAGUAUUUGUAGUAAUGGUCAGUGAUAUAGUCAAAUCAGCCGACACGCCUCCGUAA